UUCGCCAGCGCGCAGGCCCGCGCCGCCCCGGAGGGCAGCCCCUAGGCGCCGGGAGGCCGCGCGCGGACCCGCCACCAGGCUCCAGAAUGGGAGACGACGACCACUAUUUGAGAGGACAUGAACAAAUGUUUCAUUUGGACACUUUGAAUCCUUCACUGUUUGGUACUGAAUUAUUUCAACCUGGGAUGCCACCACCAACAGCAGAUGGCCCAUUCCUUCAAAUAUUAGAGCAACCUAAACAGAGAGGAUUUCGUUUCCGUUAUGUGUGUGAAGGCCCAUCCCAUGGUGGACUUCCUGGCGCAUCUAGUGAGAAGAACAAGAAGUCCUACCCUCAGGUCAAAAUCUGCAAAUAUAUUGGACCUGCAAAGGUUAUUGUUCAGUUGGUCACAAAUGGAAAAAAUAUCCACCUGCAUGCCCACAGCCUGGUGGGAAAACACUGUGAAGAUGGGAUUUGCACCGUUAAUGCUGGACCCAAGGACAUGGUGGUCAGCUUUGCAAACCUGGGUAUACUUCAUGUGACAAAGAAAAAAGUAUUUGAAACACUGGAAGCACGGAUGACAGAGGCAUGCAUAAGGGGCUAUAAUCCUGGACUUUUGGUGCAUCCUGAUCUGGCUUAUUUGCAGACAGAAGGCGGAGGAGACCGGCAGCUCACGGAUCGGGAAAAGGAGCUCAUCCGUCAGGCAGCUCUUCAGCAGACAAAGGAGAUGGACCUGAGCGUGGUGCGGCUCAUGUUUACAGCCUUCCUUCCAGACAGCACUGGCAGCUUCACCAGGCGCCUGGAACCCGUGGUAUCCGAUGCCAUCUAUGACAGCAAAGCCCCCAAUGCAUCCAACCUGAAAAUUGUGAGAAUGGACAGGACGGCUGGAUGCGUGACGGGAGGGGAAGAGAUUUAUCUUCUGUGUGACAAAGUUCAGAAAGAUGACAUCCAGAUUCGAUUUUAUGAAGAGGAGGAAAAUGGUGGAAUCUAAGGAUUUGGAGACUUUUCCCCCACAGAUGUUCAUAGACAGUUUGCCAUUGUCUUCAAAACGCCAAAGUAUAAAGAUGUCAACAUUACAAAACCAGCCUCUGUUUUCGUCCAACUUCGGAGGAAAUCUGAUUUGGAAACUAGUGAACCAAAACCUUUUCUCUACUACCCUGAAAUCAAAGAUAAAGAGGAAGUGCAGAGGAAGCGGCAGAAGCUCAUGCCCAAUUUUUCGGACAGUUUCGGAGGCGGCAGUGGUGCCGGAGCUGGAGGCGGAGGCAUGUUUGGUAGUGGCGGUGGAGGAGGUGGUGCUGGAAGCACAGGCCCAGGGUACGGCUUCCCACACUAUGGAUUUCCUACCUACGGUGGAAUUUCCUUUCAUCCUGGAACCACUAAAUCUAAUGCUGGGAUGAACCAUGGAACCAUAGACUCCGAAUGUAAAAUUGACCCUGGAUGUUGUGACAAGAGUGAUGACAGAGAGGCCAUAAAUCCCUCUGGAAAAGUAAUUGAAACCACAGACCAAGAUAAGGAAUCUGACGCGUCCAGUGAUGGGAGUGAUGAGGCCGCGCUGAUGUGCACAGCAGAAGUGAGGGAGGAGAAUGCUAGGUUUCAGGAUAACCUGUUUCUAGAGAAGGCUCUGGAGCUUGCCAAGCGGCAUGCCAAUGCCCUCUUCGACUACGCAGUGACAGGAGAUGUGAAGAUGCUGCUGGCUGUCCAGAGACAUCUCACUGUAGUGCAGGAUGAGAAUGGGGACAGCGUCUUACACCUAGCAAUCAUCCACCGUCAUGCUCAGCUGGUGAGGGACCUGCUGGAAGUCACGUCUGGCUUGAUUUCUGACGACAUCAUCAACAUGCGAAAUGACCUGUACCAGACACCCUUGCACUUGGCAGUGAUCACUAAGCAGGAAGACGUGGUACAGGAUUUGCUGCGAGCUGGGGCAGACCUGAGUCUUUUGGACCGCUUGGGCAACUCUGUUUUGCACCUAGCUGCCAAAGAAGGACAAGACCAAAUUCUCAGUGUCUUACUCAAGCACAAAAAGGCACCACUACUUAUUGACCAUCCCAAUGGGGAAGGUCUGAAUGCCAUCCACCUAGCCGUGUUGAGCAAUAGCCUGCCGUGUCUGCUGCUGCUGGUGGCUGCUGGGGUGGAUGUCAAUGCCCAGGAGCAGAAGUCGGGGCGCACGGCACUGCACCUAGCUGUGGAACAUGACAACAUCUCCUUGGCCGGCUGCUUGCUCCUGGAGGGCGAUGCCCACGUGGACAGUACCACCUAUGAUGGAACUACACCCCUGCAUAUAGCAGCUGGGAGAGGAUCCACCAGGCUGGCAGCUCUUCUCAAAGCAGCAGGAGCAGAUCCCCUGGUGGAGAACUUUGAGCCUCUCUAUGACUUGGACGACUCUUGGGAGACGGCAGGAGAGGACGAAGGAGUUGUGCCUGGAACCACUCCUCUGGAUAUGGCCGCCAGCUGGCAGGUGUUUGACAUAUUAAAUGGAAAACCGUAUGAGCCAGAGUUCACAUCUGAUGAGUUAAUGGCACAAGGAGACAUGAGACAGCUGACUGAAGACGCAAAGCUGCAGCUCUACAAAUUGCUAGAAAUUCCCGAUCCAGACAAAAACUGGGCUACUCUGGCACAGAAAUUAGGCCUGGGGAUACUUAACAAUGCCUUCCGGCUGAGUCCUGCUCCUUCUAAAACUCUUAUGGACAACUACGAGGUCUCUGGCGGGACAGUCAGAGAGCUGGUGGAGGCCUUGAGACAGAUGGGCUACACUGAAGCCAUCGAAGUGAUCCAGGCGGACUUCGGCAGCGCGGGAACCGCAGCCACGAGCCCCGUGAAAGCCACCUCCCAGGCGCACUCACUGCCUCUGUCGCCGUCUUCCACAAGGCAGCAGCAGCUAGAUGAGCUGCCAGACAGCGACAGCGUCUGUGACAGCGGCGUGGAGACGUCAUUCCGCAGACUCAGCUUCACGGAGUCCCUCCCCAGCAGCGGCUCGAUGCUAACUCUUCACAAAAUGCCCCACGAGUAUGGGCAAGAAGGACCUAUCGAAGGCAAAAUCUAGCCUCCCGGCAAUGUCCCACAGCGUGUAAACCAAAGCCCUGAAUUCCACUGUAUUGCCCACCGGAAGGAAGGUAAAGUGCGUCCCAAGGUGCUUGGAGGAGAACCGGCCUGCCUGAAUCAUUGUCGAUUUAAUUCCAGGCCCCUGGCUUGACUGCCUUUUCUGGUUCAUAAUGAAUUUUAGUUUGGCUCACUUGCAGGUAGUGUAGUGAUCACAGUGCUCGGCUGCGCUGACGCGUCGUUGGGGGGAGGUAGCUUCUUGAGCUUUAAAAGCUGCUCCUGGAUUACGGCUGCUUCCUGUUGUCGUUGCUGCUGUCCCUGUGCUGCGUUCCCACUGUCAUUUAAAGCUGUCACUGUCCCCACCCAGUGUUCCUGCUGGCCGUCCGUGGCACAUUUGUGCAUUCAGAUUAAGGGUGAAGAAAAGGGAUAUUCUAAAAGGAGAGUCACUUGGUGUGCAAUAAAAAAAAAAAAAAAAAAUUGCUUUUUCUAACGUGGUUAUCUCCGUGAUUUGAAAACAACAUGUACUUAUCGAUAUUUAAACACAGCUACAAUCAUUGCUGAAAAUUUCUCCACCAUUUUCUGCAUUUUGCUAUUGUAAAUAUGUUUUUUUAGAUCAAAUACUUUAAAGGAAAAAAAUGUUGGAUUUAUAAAUGCUAUUUUUUAUUUUACUUUUAUAAUAAAAGGAAAAGCAAAUUGA